CCGCGGCUUUCCCCGCCCCCGUCGCCCCCAGCUCUCCACUCCAAGGUAGCGGGGGCGGAGAGCCGGUUUCCUAGGCAACCGCCGCUGGCAGUUGGUACACAGGCCUGGGGUAAGGGAGGACCUGUCUUGGAUUGCCCCAGAAUCCAUUGUCUCUGGAUAAGAAUUCUCUCUAGUGUUUUCAUUCUAUACCAGCUUUCAUCUGCAUUCAAGAUAACUCAUACAAAAAAACCCCUUGAUAUAUUAUUAUGACCACUGGUUUUUAGAAGAUGACUGAAAGUGAAAUCCUAAACCAAGAAGAAAUAAUUAAAGAACUGUGUUUGUGCAAUGGGUUAUCUUAUGAGAUGGUUGGACAAGAAGGAUCAGAUGCUUCAAAACUGGAGAUGUUUUUUUCAGGAUAUCCCCAUAUAGUUGGAUUAUCAUUAUUUCCUAACUUAGCAAGUCUUACAAUUGUUGCUCAAGACAUAAAAGAAAUUUCAGGAUUCGAGACUUGUUUACAGCUUAAAGAACUUUGGAUUGCUGAGUGCUUCAUAGAAAAAAUUGGAGGUCUUCAAGAAUGUAGAAAUUUGAAAAAACUAUAUUUAUAUUAUAAUAAAAUUUCCAAAAUUGAAAAUUUGGAGAAAUUAACCCAAUUGGAGGUUCUUUGGUUGAACCACAAUACUAUUAAAAAUAUUGAGGGCUUACAGACUUUGAAGAAUUUAAAUGAUCUCAACCUUGCAGGAAAUCUGAUAAGCAGCAUUGGUCGAUGUCUUGACGCCAACGAACAACUAGAAAGAUUAAACCUUUCUGGUAAUCAAAUAUGUUCUUUCAAGGACCUCACUAACUUAACCGGGCUGCCUUCCUUAAAAGAUUUGUGUUUGAAUGAUCCUCAGUAUAAAGCCAAUCCGGUCUGUCAGCUGUGUAACUAUUCCACACAUGUAUUAUAUCAUUUGCCUUGCCUUCAGAGAUUGGACACUUUUGAUGUGUCCGCGAAGCAAAUCAAGGAACUAGCAGAUACCACAGUAAUGAAAAAAAUAAUGUAUUACAAUAUGCGUAUAAAAACUGUUCAGAGACAUCUUAAUGAAGACCUUGAAAAAUUAAAUGUUAGAAAAUGCAAAUUACAAAAGUUGCCAGAAGAACAAAUAAAGUUACUCAGCUUUGUGAAAAAAAAUUUGGAACGGGAACUGGCUGAACUCAAGGGGUCUGGCAAAGGGCACAGUGACAGAUCCAAUAACAAUAAAGUAACUGAGGUUGAAAAAUCAAAGAGUUGUGAAACCAUCAUAGAAGAACCAAAUCUUCAACAGAAGAUAAUGAUCAAACUAAAUGCCUUAAAUGAAAGGGUAACAUUCUGGAACAAAAAACUAGAUGAAAUUGAAGCAAUCUAUCGUAUUGAAGUAAAGCAAAAGAAGGAAAGUCAUGGCUUAUUGAUCCCAUUUUUGCUAAUUGAAUUGGAAACUGUGGGAAAUAUCUAUUUUGAACAAGGCACGAGAUCUGAUGACUGGUAUAAUUCCUGUUAUGAAUUAAUUCUAUCACGUUUCUGUACAUGGGAUUUCAGAACAUACGGUAUUACAGGAGUAAAAGUAAAACGUGUCAUUAAAGUUAACAAUCGUAUUCUGAGACUAAAAUUUGAAAAGAAAUUUCAGAAGUUUUUGGAUGUUGGAGAUAUGCAUGAUUCAAAGAGCUAUCGCAAGAUGCUGGAAUGCCUUUUUUAUGUUUUUGAUCCUGAAGUUACAGUGAAGGAAAAGCAUCUGCUACAGAUAAUUGAAAAAGGAUUCAAAGAGAGUGAAAGAAGCAAGCUGCCUCUCAGAAAAGAAGCCGUUAUCCUUGCUAACAGCCUAAGUAUGUGUGAAUGUCCCCGAAUUGAGUUUCUACAGCAAAAAUACAAGGAUGAGAAGAGAAGCUCUUUUAAUCCUGAUCUCUUCAGACAUGGCAUCCUCGUCAUUACAAAGGUUUUUCUUGGCCAAAGUGUUCAAGCUCGGGAACAGGAAUCCAUCAGUCAAGCCAACUAUCCCAUGGUUAAUUCCGUGUUCAUUCCUCAGAAAUAUUUACAAAAUUCUAUCAUGGGACAAAGAAAUUGUGAUUGUGGCUUUCGGCAGUGCAAGUGGUUUGUCUUUGAUCAUGACCUUGUUUUGCCAGAGUACAUUGUUGAAUUUGAGUAUAUUACAGUGAUCAAGGCCCACUCUUUAUUUUCUACAUUCAACAAUAUUAUUAUAGAAGAAAGAAAAAACUAUUCAGAAGGAUCGAUAUUAUCCCAGGAUUUGAAAUGUGAUGAUGAAGUCAUGAAAAUGGAACCUAGGAUUAAGCCCCGACCGAAACUUCCUAGUUUGGAUGAUAAAACAAUACUUUCCCUUGCCAAGACUAACGUUUACACUCAUAUUGUGAGUCUCAAUCUACAUGGCAACAGCUUGAGUAGACUGGAAGAUCUCUCCAAAUUAACUGGACUUCGGAAACUGAACAUCAGCUUUAAUGAAUUGACUUGUUUAGAUGAUUUAUACCACUUGUACAACCUUGAAUAUUUGGAUGCAAGCCAUAACCAUGUGAUCACCCUUGAAGGAUUCAGAGGUCUGAUGAAACUGAAGCACUUAGACUUGAGCUGGAAUCAAUUGAAAAAAUCUGGGGAUGAAAUAAAUGUGUUAUGCAAACACACCACAAGCCUUCUCACUCUUAAUAUUCAACACAAUCCAUGGCAGAAGCCAGCCACAUUGAGGUUGAGUGUUAUUGGCAGAUUAAAGACUCUUACACAUUUAGAUGGGCUCCUCAUUUCUGAAGAAGAAACAACAGCAGCUCUGAAAUUUAUUACUGGAACAAAGAUCACUCAGUCAUGUGUCUUAUGGCACUGUAGUACUAAAGAGGAGAGACCACGGACACUAAGCAUAUGGCCUUCUGCCAAAAUUCUGACACAGAUUUCAAAGUUAGGACCGUGUUUACAUCUGAGUGGAAACUGGUAUUUGAAGAUAACUGCCUUAAAUUUAGAUGGACAGCAUCUCUUUGAGAUCAAAAAUUUAGAAAAAUUGGAAAAUUUGAAAUGGGCAUCAUUCAGCAAUAAUAAUCUGACUAAAAUGGAGGGCCUGGAAUCCUGUAUUAACUUGGAAGAGCUCACACUUGAUGGAAACUGCAUCGCAAAAAUAGAAGGCAUUUCCAAGCUGACUAAGUUAACCCGCCUCAGCAUAAAUAACAACCUUCUUACUGGUUUGGAAAAGCACACUUUUGAUAACAUGCUUCAUCUUCACUUCCUUUCUCUUGAGAAUAACAGAAUUACUUCACUGAGUGGUUUACAAAAGACUUUCACUCUAAUUGAAUUAUACAUAAGCAAUAAUUAUAUUGCUGUCAAUCAGGAGAUCUACAAUUUAAAGGGUUUAUGCAACUUGGUAAUUCUAGACAUGCAUGGGAACAUUAUUUUAUGGAAUCAAGAAAACUACCGGUUGUUUGUAAUAUAUCAUCUUCCAGAACUGAAAGCUUUGGAUGGAAUCUCAAUUGAAACACCAGAGACUGAGACUGCAAAAGAUUUAUUUGGUGGCCGACUUACCUCUGACAUGAUUGCAGAAAGACAAGGACAUUCAAACUUUGCCCAAAUGCAAGAACUUAAUUGGACUACAUCAUCCCUCAGAACUGUGGAUUUGAUUCCAGUUGACCAAUUUAGAAAUUUGUGUAAUGUGAAUCUGCAGAACAAUAAUCUUACCUCAUUCAGUGGACUAAUCUAUCUUCCUAAUGUGAAAGUCUUAUGCCUCAAUUAUAAUCACAUUGAAUCAAUCAUCCCUAAACUAAAGCCUCAUAAUCACUUGACAAACAAGCAGAUGCUCUACCAGAAAGUGCCUUCAAGUGGCUAUGGACAGCAAGGCACCCCCAAAACAAACAGAGAUACAAUGAACAGUGAAAAUUUGCCUCCAAUAAUGCACAGUUUAGAAGUCCUUCAUCUGGGCUACAAUGGAAUUUGUAAUUUAACCCAGCUACAACUUAAUAGACUAAGAAAUUUAAAAUUCCUUUUUCUACAGGGGAAUAAAAUCAGUCAAGUUGAAGGUCUGGACAACCUGGUAGUCCUUCAGGAAUUGGUAGUAGACCAUAACCGUAUCAGAGCCUUUAAUGACAGUGCUUUUGCCAAACCAAGUUCUCUAUUGGCACUUCAUCUGGAGGAAAACAGAUUACGAGAGCUGAGCAAAUUGCAAUCUUUGGUAAAACUAGAGAAACUCUUCCUAGGAUAUAAUAAAAUCCAGGAUAUGGCAGAAUUGGAAAAACUUGAUGUUAUCUCUUCUCUCAGAGAGCUUACAGUUUAUGGCAAUCCAAUUUGUAGAAAAAUUCUACAUCGCCAUGUCCUCAUAUUUCGACUGCCUAAUUUACAGAUGUUAGAUGGAAUUCCUGUAAAUUCAGAUGAUAGGGUAAAAGCUGAAUUUCACUUUUCUGAACUACAAGCAAAGAAAAAUUUGUUGAUUGCUGGUACCAGUUCUCCUAUGGAUGGUGCCUCAUUUUGCCAAGUGAAAGCACCUCCCAUUAAAAUAACAAACCUAAUUCUGCCUGCUGGACAUAGCCAUUACUUGGGACCUGACUUCACAUUGACUCCUGAAAAUGAAGACAAAAAAAACAGGAGUGCAGGGAUUCUGUCAAAUAAUUCUCGGAACAUUCAUGAAGAAAUUGCUUUUUGGCAACUCAGAGGAAAAAAUCUUCCUCCAACUCUUUUAUCACAUCAGAAUAUUGCAUCUCCGACUGCCCAAAUGUACCCGAGCAACCAAGAUGAGGGAAGAAGAAUUCCUGGAAGCAACUUUCCAAGAUCAAAUCAUAUAUAACUGCCUAAAGAAAAAUGAGCAUACACCAGAAAACCUGUUUCUUUCAGUAGUUGUGCAUAAACUGGCAGAGAGUAGUCAGUAAAGAAAAAAAAGAUAAUCAUGUUACUUAUGUUAUUGAAACACUUCCAUAUGACGAUAACCUAUCACUCUUGAAGAACUUAAUAUCAGCCUCUUUCAAACAUUAUUUAUGGUUAUCUCAAUCAUUUAUUUGGAUUUCUGCUUUAAAAAAUCAUGAACUAUUAAAGCAUACAACAAAUUGAAAGAUAAAGGUGACAUCAAAGUCUAGAGAAUUAAAUGCUUCAUUCUAGUAUUAGAAUUUAGUUAUAAAAUCACAUCAUGGCCUGUUAUACAAAGAUAUUAAGAAAUGGUAGAUUUAAGAAAUAAGCAUGCUUUCAUUUGUAGAUUAUCUACUCAUUUCAAAUUAUAUCAAAUUAAAGCAUACAUUUCUUACCAAACACAAUUAUUACUAUGCAACAUGUUUUGCUAGUUGAGUUUGCUACGGGUUAAUUUUUUAAAAUAUAAUUCAAAAAAACUGUCCUCAAAGCAGGUGUACACUCAAAAAUCAUUUAGAGAUACAAAUAUUGUACAUCAUUGCUAGUUCCUAAACAUGACUAUGGUACAACUGAUCAUUCCUGCUCUAAGAAUAAAAUAGUCAUACUUCAUAUACAAAUUAUUAACUGUGCCUACAGUAAUAUAAUUCUACAAGAAGUUUCAGGCUGAAAAGAAUAGAGGUUUAAAUUGAAGGAACAGUUUGGACUUUUAAUAAUUAUAUUUCACGGGAAAUAAUAUUUCUAAAUUACUGCAUUGCUUAAAUAUAAUAAAUAUGGUUUUGGAUUACCUUAUUAAAUAUAGUUCUUUGAAUUGAUGACUAAAAUACCAAGAUAUUUUGUUAUAAAUGGGCUCCAUGAUUCAGAAGGUGUUCUAAAGUAUUUUAAAGUAUUGACUCAACACUGCAUCUAGUUUUCAUAUAUAUGUUCCUUGCAUAACAAUAAAUUGUUCUUAUGAGAAUAUUUAGACUUUGCAGUUUACCUGGAAAUAGUUUCAAAGAUAUUUUAGAAAUGACAUAAUUCCAAUGUAUAUGCAGUAAUUUUGUAUUUUUCUUCUUUAAAUGUUGUAUUUAUAAUUUAAUCAUGUAAUAUUUGUAAUUUUAAACCUAAUUAUAAAUUUUGCACCUCUUAAUGUGUGGCUUUUAAAUAACUGUUAAACUCAGGUGGAAAUAAGAUCCUUUGUUUAAAAAAGAACUGUAAUUCUUAAAAUGUCCAGAAGAUGUCUUUGUUGCUUUUUAGUUUUGACUACUGGUUUCGUUAUAGUGUUUUGAUGAUAUCUACACUUCUUUAUUACUGAAUUGGCAUCACCUGUUUUUUCUUUUAUGAUUCUUUAUAAAUGAAAUGUGGAAUAUAUUGCUUUUGUAAUUAAAAGUGUCUUUUUAAAUAUUAAGGUGAGAAAAAUAAAUGUAAUGAGUUAUCACCGGAGAAAGUUCAGGAACAAAAAAGUAUAAAGCAGAAACAUUUAAUGUUUAACAUUUUGCAUAUUAUCUUUCAGCCAUUUUCCCAUGGAUUUUUAAUAUAUUCGAGUUCUUUCAUGUGAUUUUUCAUGUUCACAUUAAAAUUUUGAGGUAUAAUUUUAUACUUUCUGAAUUUUAAUUACAUCUGAAUUUAUUCUUGAAAGUAAAAUAUUUUAAUACAUAAUUUGAAGGUGACACUAAUAAAAAACAUGUACUUAGACAUUGCUCAGUGUUGGAUAAAAUACAGAGACCAGCUUUCAAGAAUCUUCUCAUACAGAGUUGAUUCAUAUAAAAGCAAUGAGGAGGGGAAGCUAACAUGACUUAGUAGAGCAGUUCUAAAAUUUUUCCUGCGUGGCAUCAGGAUGUCACUGACAUGAUGUAUGACUCCGUGAAAAAUACCUAGAUAGGUUAAGAUAUAGUUACAUGUAAUUCAUAAGGCAACAGCUGUAAGACCAGCCCUUUCCUAUGUAACAAAACAAAUGAGAAAUGCCAUUGAAUGUAAAUGGUGUUUUACUGGAGUGAUUUUAGAUCUCCUUUAAGUUAUUUUUAAGUACAUAAUCCACAAAUUGAAAUUUUAAGUUAUAGUUACAAAUUAUUCAUAACACACUAAACAAACUGACUGCUUUAAACCUACAAGCACAAACUAUUAGCAUAUAUUUUACAUACCAUAGUAAUGAUGUUAUGUAGUAGGCAUGGCAUGUCAUGUCUUCAUUUAUAUAUAAAGAAGCUAUGGCUUUAAAAAAGAACAGUACAUAUCACAUGUAAUCCUAGAUAUUUUUCAACUUCAGAUUCUUUUUUUAAUUGUUAUUUUUAUUGGUACAUUUACAGUACAUAGUGAUUACAUUCAUGAUGGGGAGUACAUAACACAUUUUAAUUCUUUUUACAUCUCCUUCCCCUCCACAUUGUUUGCUUCUUCAAUUCAAAUGAAUGGGCAAUUAGUUGUCCUAACAUAUGUAAAGACUUAAAAGCUAUUUAGUGUAGGUAAAUGUAUAAUUUCUACACUAAGGUAUUAUUCCUUUGUUUGCAGCAAGUGUCUUGGUAGAUUUAUUUUGCAUGCAAUCAUAUGCAUGAUUAUAUGACUUGUUUUCAAUGUUUAAUUCCACAACCAGCCUAUCAAAUUAGAAGUCACGGCACUUUAACUAUGGAUUAAAAGACUGUAAUACUGAACUGAAUAUAGGUGAUUUCAGAUUGAUCUUCUGAUUUCUAGACAUGAAAGUUAACCAUAAUUAAUUGUUCAAUAAAAACUUGAUUACUUCUUUUUUAUA